GCAGCUGUGGGGUAGAAGAAGCGUGAAUCUCCUCAACUACUCUGCAAACCAAAAUUCACUUUGAGAAAAUCGAAAAUGGCCUCUUCUUCAAUUUCUUCACUUUACUCUUUCAUGUUAUUCUUCUCUUUGCUCUUUGUCUCCGUCUCCUCAUCCAGAACCAUCCAAUCCAAUGACCCAACACCAACACCAUGGCCACAUCAGUUCCACUCAAUCUUAGUGAUGAAUUUCAGUGGAUCAAAUGAAAUCAUAAAUCUCUGGUAUGAUUGGACCAAUGGAAGAAACUUCAACAUUAUCCAGAAACAACUCGGUGGGAUUACAUAUGAUUGUGAAUGGAAUAAUGGGACUUCAUUUUUCUGGACAAGUGAUAAGAAAUGUUCAAAUGCUCAGUUAGAAGUUGGUAUUCUUACGCCAAAUUGGCUUGAUGGUGCUAAUUAUUUGGGGCAACAGAAAAUUGAUGGGUUUCUUUGUAAUGUCUGGGAGAAAGCUGAUUUCAUUACGUAUUAUGAAGAUGUUGUCACUAAAAGACCCGUUCACUGGGUUUUCUACACAAGAAGGUCAGCCCAUGUGAUGACAUUUGAAGUGGGAGCAGUUUUAGGGGAUGAACACUGGCAAGCCCCUUCAUAUUGUUUCGAGGGGACAGAAAAAGAAGAUAAUGACUCAGAUGGGAUUAUUGAGAGCUCCAUGGAGGGUGUUUUGAGAAGUAAAAUGGGGGGUUUGAACAUGUACUUGUAAGUUGUAAGUCUACUUGAUUUUUUCUGAGAAUUAGUUGUAGCUCUGGAUCAAACGACUUAGGUUUGUAUUUUCUGAAACAUAAUGUUCUGCUUUCUUCUAAUAGUAUGUUGUCUCAAGUCAUCACAUCUCCAAAUGACAGUUGAUAAUGAAAAAGCUUUAUUAUGGUCUCUGUUAGCA